UUAACAACCUCUUUCACCUUUCCCAAACUAUUUAUAACACCAACGUUCACAUAGAACCAUCUUACUGAUCACUAGUGAAUCAAAGAAUAAGCCUAUAGCUACGUUUUUCUCGCCAUAUCCAUGGAGGUUGUGGAAUUGAAGGUCCGCUUGCAUUGCAAGGCGUGCGAGAAAACAGUGCGCAAAGCCUUGUGCAACCUCAAAGGGGUGAGAUGCGUGCAAAUAGAUAGAGGAUCAUCAUCAUCGCCAUCGUCGUCGUCGUCGAUUGCUAGCAAGAUAACAGUAAUGGGUUACAUGGGGAGGAAAGAAGUGGUGAGAGCUGUGCUGAAGACUGGGAGGAAGGUGCAGCUUUUGCUCCCGCCACCAGCUGCUGCUGCUGCAAUGGCGCCGAUGAUGAGCAUCACCGACGAUAGAAUAAUGGAAGCAGCAAGUCCGAAAUUGCCGCGCGGCGGGUUCAGAUGCAUCAUCCCUCAGUGCGCUCGCUUCUACAAGUCUAGUAGGGGUGCUACUGCUAAAUCAACGUACUAGUGGUCUCACACUUGCAAAAGGAACUCUUAGAUUUUUGGAGCAUUAGAAUUCUCAUCACCAAUAUUAUUAUAUAUGCAUUACUCAAGCUAAUAUUCUGGCU